UGGAUGGAUGCGCUGCUAUUCCUCUUCCGUCGUUUCGAGCUGGUGCCUCCUGAACCGAGUAAUUUUACUUUAAUUUCUAGUGCUCUUAAUUUUCUGGUUCAUGAGUGUGAUCUGUUACUUCACUAACAUAUCUCCUACACUUCCGCCCCGGCCUUUUCCUUCUCUUCUCUGCCUUUUUGUUCCUAGGUUUCCGGGUGCCGUUUCAAAGAAAGACAUCAUCGGCGACGUUGCCUUGACGUCCUCCACUCCGACCCUCUGCCGCGCACCAACUCCCCCAAUCGCGCCCGUCUGUGGCUUCUCUGCGGGCCGUCGUGCUCGCCUUCCUGCCGACAUCCCUGUCCCGACUCCCCGCCCAUGUCCUUGUCGCGAUCACCGUCUCCCCACCCCGCGGGAGCUGGAUGGUCCAGUCCGGGCCUCACUCCCGGCAGCGGCACCUCCACGCCUCACAGCGGCUUCUUGACCCCCAAUCCUAUCGGCGCAAGCGGCAUCUCAUGGGCGGCCGCCAAAGCCAAGAGCGAUGAGGUGCGAGGCUACCCGUCCUUCUCGACGAGGAACAGCGGGUUCUUCUCACGAUCAAGGCGCCAGCUCUCCGCCACUCUUCCGCGGUUUCGUCUUGGCUCGGGGUCGCCGAAUGGUUAUGUCGACAAGGAUGAGUUUGGCCGGGGGCCACAAGUCUCUCCGGCUGGCGGCUGGCGCUUGGGGUUUGGCAGGACGUUGCCGCGGCGGAGAAGAUCGCGCCUACUGCUGGUGCUGAUCUUUUGCUUGCUUGGGUAUCUGUUUUUUGGGGCAUCGAUCGUUCAGAAGUACAGGCGCUCCCCGCUCGGCGGCGGGCGCAAGUUCGUUAUUAUACUGGAGUCCAAUAUCGAAGGCGGGGUUAUGGAGUGGAAGGGAGCGCGCGAGUGGGCGAUCGAGCGCAAUAGUGUUUGGAACAAGAACCAUUAUGCUGAGCAAUGGGGCUACGAGGUGGAGGUCGUCAACAUGUUGGCCAAGAAGCGGUAUUCGCACGAAUGGCGCGAAAGCUGGGAGAAAGUGGACCUUAUCCGGGAGACGAUGCGGAAGCAUCCUGAAGCUGAAUGGUUUUGGUGGCUGGACCUCAAUACCUGGAUCAUGGAGUACUCCUACUCCCUGCAAGAACAUCUGUUCAAUCGCCUGGACGAGAUCAUCUACCGCGACAUCAAUGUCUACAAUCCGUUGAACAUCAGCCAUCCCCCGACAGACGCCUAUCUGGAUGAGGUGUCUCGCUCACCGAAUGGGGAUGGCGAUGCGUCUUCUGUACACCUACUCUUGUCGCAGGACUGCGGUGGAUUCAACCUCGGCUCAUUCUUCAUCAAACGCUCCCUCUGGUCUGAUCGUCUGCUGGAUUCGUGGUGGGACCCUGUCAUGUACGAGCAGAAGCAUAUGGAGUGGGAGCACAAAGAACAGGAUGCGUUGGAGUACUUGUACGCGACACAGCCGUGGGUCCGCAACCAAGUGGGCUUCCUCCCUCAGCGGUACAUCAACUCGUUUCCUCAGGGCGCAUGUGGAGACGAGAAUGAUCCGAACGUGCACUACCAGGAGGACGAACGGGACUUCCUGGUCAAUAUGGCUGGGUGUCAGUAUGGGCGCGACUGCUGGGGCGAGAUGUACCAGUAUCGCGAGUACAGCAAUCAGCUGAACCGGAGCUGGUGGGAGCGGCUGAAGGAGAAGCUGAACGGGGUGUAUGAAAGGGUUUUACCUGGAGAGGAGCAGCAAGUCCAAUAGGCUGUGAUGCGAUGAUAGCUGUGAUGCGAUGUUUUCUUAUGUUUUGCGUACUGUCUGCAAGCGCGCAGACUAUGAUUGGUCUGAAGA